GGCAGGUUCGUGGAGUUGUCAGACUCUGCCUCCCAUUCCUUGGUGAUUUUAGACUUUUGCUUAAUUAGUGUCCCUUUUAUUAGCCUUUUAUCCCUGAUUGGCACGGGUGUCGGUCGAUCACCUCACGCUGGCGGUUUCAAGCCGGGCCGCCUUUGGGAGGUCACCUCAUUCCUUUUUCCACUAGCCGACUGCACGUUACGCCAGCAUCUACCAACGAGAUGGCCAACAUGACCGGAAUCAUCAUCUCUACGCGUGUCGAGGACACUCUCAUUUCCAUAGGCCAUGCACUUGGCGAGGUUCUUGGACCAUUCUUGGAUCCUCUCGAAGCGCAGCUGGUAUCUUCCUCUCGUAAACAUUUUCCGUCGGUGGCCUCUGCUGCACAGUCAUGGCUCGCCCAGCAUCGCAGCGUUCACGCUGCAAAGCUUCCCCUUAUGAACCCUUUCCACGUUCUGAUAAUCGUUCUGGGUUAUUUCGCCAUGGUUUUUGGCGGCAAGGCGAUAAUGGCGAGAAUGGGAAAGUUUGAAGCCAAGAAGCUUAUGCUGGCCCACAAUCUAUUCCUGUUGUCGUUGAGCACUUACAUGAGCACGGCCAUCUUAAGAGAAGCGUGGUUUAGAGGAUACUCAGUGUUUGGAAAUCCCGCGGAUGAAUCAAAGAAUGGCUGGCCGAUGGCGAAACUCAUUUGGGUAUUUUAUAUAUCGAAGACCUUUGAAUUCGUUGACACGUUUAUCAUGGUCCUGAAGAAAAACAAUCGGCAAAUUUCAUUCUUGCAUGUAUACCAUCACUUCAGCAUCUUCAUCGUCUGGUGGUUAGUCACCUACUGGGCGCCUAAUGGCGAAGCCUAUUUCUCCGCCGCCCUCAAUUCUUUCAUUCACGUUGUCAUGUACGGAUACUACUUCUGCAUGGGAGCCGGAAUCCGUAGUGUUUCUUUUGUGAAGCGCUACAUUACCGCGAUGCAGAUGACGCAGUUCUGUUGCAUGAUGGGACAGGCGGUUUACGAUAUGUUCAUCGCAAACUACAGCAUUACAGAAAACUCGAAAGAUGGAUUGAAGCCGUAUCCGAGCGCGCUUUCCACGCUCCUCUUUUUCUAUAUGUGGACGAUGCUUGGGCUCUUUGCAAACUUUUUUAUUCAGGACGCGAAGCGCGCCGCUCUGGCUCGCAAGGCUGGGCUUGCUGGGGCUGCCAAGAAAAAGCAGUGACAUGCGUUAGAUAGGCAUAGCGGGAUAGUUGCUGAUAUGUAGAAGGGUGAAUCUGCUGGAGCGGACUGGCAGAGCAAAAUGAAUAGACUAGUUUAAACACGGCCAAUAUUGCGCCAGAGUCUUCUUUGAUAUUCUACCCAUCUAACAGAUGUAACGGACCGUAAAAUCUUUACUUCACUAAAGGUC